AGGAAGAGGAGGAGGACAUCAUGGCCGAGCCGCUGCUGAAGAGAACGUUCUCCAGACUGAGAGGGAGAGAACGAUCCCGCAGGAAGACUGACCCCAAACUGAGCGAUGUUCCAGUAAAGCCUGACCCCGCCCUCCAGACGUCUUCAUCCCCAUCACUGACCCCCUCAGACCCUGACCCCCCGUCUCCCCCUUGUAAUCACAUCACUGUUGCUAAGAAACAGCAGUGGGCACGGCAGGCCUCUGGAGGCCCGACCGCCUACCUGACUUCAAGCUCCGCCCCCAGAACCCUAAACCGAGAGAGACCAUCAGAGAUAUCCCAGGAUGCAUCUGGGCAGGGAUGGAGUCAGAGACUAGCACAGGAAAAGAUGGGGCGUUGUGGUGACAGGACUUGCACCAGUCUGGACUGGGAUACGUCAAACAACCCCUGUGUUUCUGCCAGUUCUACCACAGUCCACCAUGAAGCUUUAAAACCAGCAGGGGGCAGCAGUGAUGUUCCUUCCCCCUCUGUCAGUAGCACAAAGUCCGGCCAGCGAGCCUAUCUGCAGAGCCUGGACCGCAGCAGCAGAGCCUGGGUACUCUCUUCAGGAAAGGCUCAGGCUUCAGACGAGGCCCGCGGGCUGAAGCAGGAGAGCGGCGGCAGCAACAUCUGGUACAACCCGAUCCCCGAAGAGGAGGACGCAGGAGGUGCAUGCAGGGGGGAGGACAUCUGGAGGAGGAGGGACCAAAGGGAAGAAGGAGGAGUGACAAAGAAAGCAGGAGAAUCCAAAUCAGACGUAGGAGGAGUGAAGGCAGGGUCAGCGGAGAGAUGGGGGAGUGACUGUGCACUAGAGGGCGCCAAUCCAAGUGUGAGCCACCUCAUCGAUGACAUCACGACUGAAAACUCAGACUGCCCUCCCUCUGACUCAAGCCCCGCCUCCCAAAAGAAAGGGGGCGUGUCCAGCAGUGUGAUUGACAGGCUGAGAUCACCCGGUACCGUGAGGAGACUCUCGAUGAAGAUGAAGAAACUUCCGGAGCUACGCCGCAAACUCAGCCUCCGCUCCUCUCGCGCCAAUCGCCAAGGAAGCGACAACAAAGGGGGCGGGGACGAGUCGACCAGUAAGAAUACAGCAUCGUCCAAUGAGAAUGUAAUCACCAGAUAUCACCUGGAUAGCUCCGCCCCUCCAGCCAGACCUCUGCGCCGAUCAUCGAGAAGACGCUCUGCCAGUAAAGGAGGUUAUCUAAGCGAUGGAGACUCUCCUGAACUGCUGCCACGGCAACAGGCCACACCCACAACACAUACGCAGGAACCCUGUGACGUCAGCUCAUUUCGACUGUAUGUGUGCUCAGAUCCUCCACGCUGCAGCCAGCGGGUGACCGGGUUACUGACCGUCCACCUUCUAGGGUUGGAGGAGAUGAAAACCAGCAGGUGUGAGGACAGUAAGGACGUCUUCCUCGCUAUACAGAUCGAUGGGGUGACCAGAGCAAGGACCGCCCUCCUGACCCUGAGGGGCCCCACCCUGUCCUUAAACCACGCCUUCAAUCUGGAGCUGGAGAGAGCCAGGCAGCUCCGAAUCGUGGUGUUAACACCAGUGAAUCCACAAACACAGGGAGGCUCUAAACCAGGAGCAGAUCAGACCUCAGUUGGUCACAGCCGGAACAGGGUCUGUGGUCUGGGCGGAGUCUCCAUCCCCCCUCUCUUUAAAGGGAGUCGAUGUCAGCAGCUUUGCGUGAAGCUUGAGCCCCGAGGUUUGAUCUACGUCAAACUGUCGCUGCAGGAGAAAUGGGACACACAGCCCAGCAGUGACACAUCAGGGCCUGCUAAUGUGUUUGGGGUUGAAUUGCACCACCUGGUGGAGAAAGAAGGAUCUACAUCCCCGGUCCCUCUGCUGAUCCAGAAAACAGUGGCAGAGAUCGAACGCAGAGGACUGAAGGUAGUGGGUCUAUACAGACUGUGUGGUUCUGCGGCAGUGAAGAAGGAGCUCAGGGAUUGGUUUGAGAGGAACAGUUCGGCUGUGUGUCUCAGCGAGGACCUCUACCCCGACAUCAACGUCAUUACAGGGAUUCUAAAGGACUACCUGCGGGAGCUUCCGUCUCAGCUCAUCACCAGGAAUCUGUACCAGGUUGUGAGGGAGGCCAUGAGGCUCCGCCCCCCACCUGUCCUACCUGACACACCUGACCCUGAUCUGUCCCAGAGCACUGUGGAGCUGUUAUCUUGCCUGCCGCCUCCAGAGAGGGCCACUCUGUCCCUCCUGUUGGAUCAUCUCAGUCUGGUGGCGUCCUUCAGCUCGUCCAACAGGAUGACGCACCAGAACCUGGCAGUCUGCUUCGGCCCGGUUCUCCUCACCCCGACCCAGGAGGCCUGGCGGGCUGGAAUAGGAGUAGGAGGAGGAGGAGGAGGAGGAGGAGGGGGGAGGGGAGGAAGAGGGGGAGGUAGGGGGUCUGGUCCGGGGGAGGAGCUAGCGAGUGCGGUGGACUUUAAACGACACAUCGAGGCUCUGCACUACCUGCUGCAGCUGUGGCCAGUGCCGACCUAUCGAGUCCAAGCGGACGAACUCAUCGACGCCUCACCACCUCCCUCCCCCUCUCUUACCCAUAAUCCCCCGGGCCAGCAGCAGCUGCGGCAUCCUGCGCUGCGAUUGGAUCUGCCCCAGAACCCAAAGGAGGAGGUGGUGGUGUCACGGCGGGGACGGGGUGGUCUGGCCCGGCUGGAGAGUCCACCGCCAAUUAACCGGUACGCUGGAGACUGGAGUGUCUGCGGUCGGGAGCUUCUGACCGGACACGACGCCGACUACGAUGAAGUGGCAGGAAGUGAGAGCGACGGAGGCAGCGGGGAUGAGGAGGACGAGGAGAAGAAGAAGAAGAAGGCGUGGUCAUCAGGAGCAGGAGGAGCUCUAUACGUUGAGGACUUCCUGGAUUUCGACGCUCCAUUUAACUGUCGACUCAGCCUGAAGGACUUCGACACUCUGAUCCACGACCUGGACCGAGAGCUGGCCAAACACAUCAACAUCUGUCUGUAGAGAGUCCCACCCCCCACCCCCUC